AUGCUUGUGGAAAAUUUUUAUUAUCGAACAAAAUUUAUUGCUGUGGCUGAAGCUGGAAAUUUUGUAAUUAUAAUAACAAAAGAGUAUGAAAUACCAGGAAAUCUUCAAGAACUAUUGGAAAAGGCAAUAAAUGACGUAAAAAAAUCACCAGAAAUAUUGGAACGUCAAGAAAUCAAAGAAUAUUUUCAAGAAUAUUAUCAAAAAAUUGAUGAACAACUCAAAUAUUUUAAUGAUUUUAAUGAAAGAGCUUUGAAAAUUGAUGAUCUUAAUCAAAUAAUUGAUUUGGAGUUUGAGAUUCUUUCCAAAUUAGUUACUCUAAAAAUCGAAAUUUUUUUAUUGGUUGAGAAGUUGAAAAAUAUUGAUUUAGAAAACAUCGAUACAAAGGAAAUUGAUUUAAUAGUCUGUGAAAUUGAUAAAUACUUACCCGAAUGGAUUGAUUGUUGUACUAAAAUUACUAACAAAUUUAAAAAAUUUUAUGAAGGUUUUAGUAAUUUGAUUAGUAAGACAAAAGAUAGUCACUAUUUUUUUGCAGUUCAAGAAGAAAUAUUAGAUAAAGUUGCUGAUAAAAUAAGCUUAUAUGAUAUGUCUAAAAAUAUCUCUAAAAAAAUUGAUAAACCAAAAGGAUUUUUUUCAAGCUCUAAAAACAAUACUGAAAAGAUACAAAAUGAAAUAUAUUCAAACUUCCUUCGCAUAAUUGGGUUAAAAUUAGUAUAUGAUUUGACUACUGAAUUAGAAUAUGCAACAAGUAAAUUGAACCUUUUGGAUCCAAUGUUUAUUCAAAAAAUAUCAGAAUUUUGGCAACAACUUCUUGAUGAAUUGAAAAUAAGUGAAACAUUGUUUGAAAUAUUAUUUAAAAGCUUUAAACAAAGUGAAUUAUAUGCCAAAGAAUAUUAUAUUGAUUAUUUG